AUGCCUGCGAUCUCUUCCGGAAAAGUGUUGGUGACGGGCGCAAACGGCUUCAUCGCGGUGUGGACGAUGAAAGCCUUCCUCGACGCAGGCUUCUCCGUGCGAGGUGUCGUGCGCUCCCCGUACAAGACCGAACACCUGAGGACCAUCUUCGGCGCGUACGGCGAUAAGCUCGACUUCGCCAUCGUCCCGGACAUGACGGUCGACGGGGCGUUCAACCAGGCCGUACUCGGGGUCGACGCCAUCGUGCACACCGCCUCGCCCGUGCACCUCGGCGCGGACGACCCCGCCGAAGUAAUCAAUCCCGCGGUCAGCGGCACCCUCGGCGUCCUGCGCGCCGCCGCAUCCGUCCAGCGCAUCGUGUACGUCUCCUCGUGCGCAACCGUGCUCACGCGCGACGCGCCCGGGUCGCGCGUGUACGACGAGACGUGCUGGAAUGAGGCGGACGCGGACGCGGUGCAGACGCUCGGGCGCGCCGCGGCGCCGCUCGCGAAGUACAGCGCGAGCAAGAUAUUCGCGGAGCGGGCGGCGCGUGCGUUCUGUGAGGAGCGUCAAGGGGCGCUCCCGUGGGACUUGGUCGUCGUGAACCCGCCGUGGGUGUUCGGGCCCGUGCUGCAUGAGGUGGGUGGGGGACCGGAGAGCUUGAAUAGCUCGAACGGGCUCUUAUUUGAGGCUAUCACCAAGCGCGAUUUCACUAUUCUCGUGAACUGCUACGUCGAUGUUCGCGAUCUCGCGCAGGCUCUGUUGCUCGCGAUGACGAAGCCAUCGGCUAGCGGAGAGCGCAUUAUCACAAGUGCACGCCCUUUCAGGUGGCAGGACUUCGUCGUCGCGGCGAGCACGGCGUCGAGCAAGAUCCAGCCGGUGGAGACGCCGUACGACGCCACCGCAGAAGUAUACAAGGUGCUAUACGAUAACACGAAGUCCAAGGAAGUAUUGGGCGCCACGUACCGCAGCAUUGAGGAAACCACGGCAGAUAUUCUGAACGACUGGGAGAUGCGUGGAUGGAUGUAA